GCGAUACGUACUCAAAACAAAUGUCCGAUUCGUGCGCCCAUUUCGUAAGUUCCUCGAACGAUAAUUCCGAUGCCCUCAAAUAAUAUAUUAAAAUAUAUUAGGGCAAUUGAGAACUAAUAAUUUGUUUGUAUAUAUUGUGAAAAUAAAGGAUCAUUAGAUAACUCGAUUCUGAAAUCUGAAGUUUUGUACCCAUACGUAGACCAUCGAGGGAAUCAAGUUUCGUUAAAAAUAAUGGUGUUUGCAUAAGUGCUACAAUAAUACGAGUUUGGGUAGCGAGAAAACGUGAACUAUUUCCUAUCAGUAAGUGUGGUCGACCGUGAGGAUGACAGUGAGUCGUGAUCAACAGUGUUCCCUUUCACUAUGUGAAUCAAUUUGAGUUCUAUCUUCGAUGUGUCGCUCGUCACACCACAAACGAGGCCCGAAUGCUGACUUUGAGAAGCAGUGUGUGCGAUGGUGAUAGCAAAGAGGAAAGUUAAGCCGAAGAUAAACUACGCGACCAAGAAUAUGGAUAAUACCUGGACCCAUGGUCCAGAUCCCCCUAACAACAGUAACAACCAAGAGGCGGGGGUUCCUAGAGCAAUUUUUAUACCUCACGCCAAUUCUUUGCCAUUUGAAGAAAGACGCGUGACUUUGGAGCAGCCUGUCAAGAUCGGUCGCAACGUGUACCGAGCUACGCCGAGCCCCACAAACACAAUCUUCGAAUGUCGCGUCCUCUCCAGACACCACGCCACACUCUACUAUAAAAAGGGUCAUUUUUAUUUGGUGGACAACCAGAGCAGCAAUGGGACGUUCAUCAACAACAACCUGUGCUCCAUAUCCAAAGAACAGGAGCCGGUGGUGGAGGUGUUCUCCGGAGACGUGGUCCAGUUCGGCAUACCUGUCGUCGAGAAUGCUGGCAACUCGGAAAAGUCGGGCGUGUUUCAGAAUAUGUUCCCGCCGGUGGUGGCGCUACUCAAGCUGUUCCACCCUGACGGCAAGGAGGCCAAGCUGUCUUUCAACCCUACUAUGACCACGCCGCUGCACCUCAAGGAGUUGUACCAGCUCAAUAACUAUGUUCAGGAAGCGAUUCAACGCGAGGCUUCCUUGGAAAGCCGUCUCCGCACACUCCGAGAAUGCGUGGAAAGGACGCGGGCAGAAGCCCGUGCCUCCUGGGAGCUGUUCGUAGGAGAGCAGAGGUUGCUCAUGAGGGUGCACACUCUUGAGACCAUGCACUCUAUGGGCAAGCAACCCGACGCUCAGCAGUUGGCGCAACUGCUCAACGACAAGAGGAACUAUCAGGAAGUGGCGCAGGAGAGUCUUCGUGCAGCACACGAACAACGACUGUCGUUGGAGGAGACGUUGGAGCGACGCAACCGCGAGGCGGCCGCGCUGCACCAACAUAACUGCGCGCUGCGCCUCGCUGCCAACAAUGCGCUCGCCGAGCUACAGAAGCUGGCAGCGCGGUGCGAGCGCAAGAUGUGCGCGGCGCGGCUGGCCAUCGCCGCCGCCGAGGAGCGCGAGCUGGCCGUGCGGAACCAACUGCCGCUUGCUUACUCAGUACAAAACGGCGAGGCGAAGAUGCUGAUCCUGAGCACGGACAGCAACAAGCUUCAAGAAGCUAAUCGCGGCGGCUCGUUGGAGGACGCCGUGCGCGCGCUGCCCGACUACAUCAAGCUGUUGCUGCCGCAGAACGUGCUCAAUAAGGUUGGAAUAAAGGUUAUCUCCGCCGACGGAAAGUCAGCGAAUGAGUUCGACACGAUAUUGAAGAAGAAUAAUAUUUAUAAUCUGGAAUCUAGAGCAGAGAAGCAAGAGAGUGAGGAGGGCGGCGUGAGCGGCAGCGGUGAAGAUAAACCCGUCGAGCCCGCGCCCUGCACGGACGACGAAAAGCAGGCGCGCCUCAACCACGAAUCCGAGACGGAGUCGUCCUCGCCGCUGGACGGCGAGCUGCGCGCGGACAACAACGCCAACUCCACGUACAGCGACCUCGAUACCAAGGACGACGAGCCGAGUAAAGGUGGUGUAGAAUACGCGAAUAUCUUGCGCGUUAUGGCUGGUCUCAACGAAGAGAUUAAGGCGUUGCGCGAGCGGCUGUCAGCGGCCGCGGCCGACGCGGCGCAGCUGCGGGCCGCGCGCGACGAGCUGCUGGCGGCACAGCCCGACCCGCGGGACGCCGCCGAGCCCGACCAGGACGAGCUCCGGGCCAGGAUUGCUGACCUACAGGCCCAACUCACACGUUCGAACGUGGCCGAGGAAGCGAACAUCGCGGAGAUCCAGCGGCUGGCGUCGACCGCGGCCGAGCUGCAAGCCGAGCUGGCGUUCCGGCCGACGCGCGCCGACGUGGACGACCUCACCGCCGUCGUCGGGGAGCUGCGCCGGCAGAUGCACGACAAGGACGAGCAGAUAGAACGCCUGCAGGCCGCCCUGCGCCGCGACGUGCACUGCACCGACCGCGCCGUCAGCACCGCCGAUGAUCCCCCGCCACCGGAAAAAGACGAGGACGUACAGACGAUCAAAGCGAUCACCCUAGUGCCGUCCCCCGCCGCGCCGAUCCCCGCCGUCGUGGAGGAGAUCGACGCCGGCAAGAUAUCCGCCGAGAUCGACGAGAUGUUCCGGCUCGACUACGACGAGGACGACGACGAGAGCGACUCGGCGGCCACCGAGAUCUCCGCGGGCGGGGGCGCGGGCGGCGGCGGCGAGGCGGUGCGGCUGGACGACCGCGCGCGGCUGCAGCUGGUGCUGGCCAACGGGUCGCUGCACGCGCUGGAGGAGGAGCUGGUGCGCGCCAAGGAGCGCUGGGCCGAGGUGGCGGCGGAGCGGGCGCGGCUGGCGGCGCAGCUGGCAGGGCUGCAGCACAAGCCGCCGCCCAUCCAGGGGCUGCACUUGCUGGCGCUGGUCGUGCCGCUGCUGGCCGCCGCGCUCUACUACCUGCUUCUGCCCUACAUCUCCUGAUGGACGGCCACCUGGGACCCGCCCGGGUACGCCUAGCGGCGCCGGUCGCGUCCACCCGCCAUCUCUCGGACUCUUCAAAUUCUUCGCUCCCCGUGCUCCUUUUCCUCUUCUUCUCGACGACUAUUCGACUUCGACCGCGGCGACCCGCCGGCUCGGGCCCCCCCGCCGAUGUACUUUGUUCGAAUAUUUCUCAUGUCGGUCGUCGGUCGAAGCUCGCGACGUCGGUCGCCGGACGCCCUCCGUGCGUUUAGUAUAAUAUAGUAUAGUGAAGUGACGGCUUCGGCGCGGCGACCGCGGCCCGGCGGGCGGGCGCGAGUCGCGACUGAGAAAUCGUUCGUGGAUCGAGCUCGUAACGAAAGUGCCAUUUAAAAGCGAGUGGCGUCGCGGCGCGUUGUUAUAGCAUGUAUAUAUCCCUAGUAUUGUUCUGUAAAAAGCGUCAGUAUCGUAUUUGAUAGAUAUAAAUUGAUUGUUGAAUAUCUGCCAUAAUAAAUAACUGUACAUUGUAUAUCUUAAGGCCUAACGACUGUCCUAAGUUAUAAAAUUAUUGUUGUACGAGGUAUUUGGAAUUCUCUGGAACGGUGUUGGAGAUAUGUCGGUUUCCCUUGUUGCUAGGUAAUGAUAACCUUCAUAGUGUGUUCAUUGAUUAAUUGAUUAUAAAAUAUUUUAUAGGGUUGUUUGUCCGACGGGACCGCUACAGAGCUACCGCCUUGUCACGUCGCUUGGGAUCUGCACGGUACACAUAUCAGUCGUUUAUCACAGCGUGGGCAUUUACUCGCUCGACGACAAUGCCAAACAUAUUUUGGCUCGUCGAACGCGUCGAGACACUUUCGAAUUGUUUGCAUUUUUCUAGUCUUUAGAAUUGACGUAGUCUUGGUUUCACGACGUUUCGAGUUGUUUACAAUUUUGGAGCUUGUAUUUAUCUCAUCCUUCGUCUAUUUGGACGCAUUUAUCGUACAUCUGUCAUUUGGUGAGGCAUUUUUCACUUUGGGUUUUCGUGCAUGGAGGUUUGCCAUUUGGUUUCGAUUUAGUGCCAGUUUUGUUUUAGUGUUGCCUGGAAUAUAACAUUUAGUUUUGGAUGCGGUAUAGUGAGGUCGUGCGCCGCGGAGGCCGAUUCUCGAGUUCGCUUAGCUCUGUGAUGUAAAGGCCAAUAGAUAAUUUUGUAACAAACUUGUAUAACUAACAAUUAAUUAUAUCUUAGAUUAUUGUAACUUUACCACGUUGAACGCCACUAUCGAAAUAUUUAUUAUUUAAUUGUUGCACUGAUUUUUGUUAUGUUCGAUGUUUUAUUUGUGUUUAAACCACCUUACUGUAAAUAGUUCGUAUCUUAUAUUCGUUCGUACUUUAGUUUCACUGUCGAAGACUUUAUGUUGUAUUUUAUGAGUAAAAUUAAUAUUGCAUUCAAUGUGGAUGUACUGAUAAAUUUAUUGGAAAUAAUAUUGAUUUGUUUAAACAAA